UCGCCGAGGUCUGGAAGCGCCGGUAUUGUAUGUUCAGUCGACACCAUGGAGGCAUUCAGACUGAUUGUGUUGUGCAGUGUGCUGGCGGCGGCCGCGUGCCAGCGGAGAGGUCAGGGCAGCCCCACCUUCUGCCUGGAGCUGCUGAAGAGCGAGAACAAGGCACAGACCACGGCGGCGCUGCUCAAGUGCGUGAACCAGGUGAAGUCUGAGGUACAGCGCUCGGGCCGCCAGUUCCAGCUGAAGCAGCACUAUGGAGACGUGGGGCGCUGCAUCGCGCAGGAUAUCGGCCUCGUCCGGCCCGACGGGUUCGUCAACAAGUCGGCGCUGGAGCAGCGGGUGCGCACGACGCGCGGUAUUGGCGAGGAGGACCGCGCCUACUACCUGACCCUGGUGCCCACCUGUGACACCUGGGACGGCUGCCUCACCAAACACUGCAAACUGUGAGCGGCGAGCGCGCGCCCUGAUCAGAGACACAGGUGACGGGCGGCCGCCGCCCCCGACCGAACGGACAGUGGUGUGGCGCCCCGCGGGCGGACCGGCUGAGAAAAAUGUACACAAUGUACCCGUGUGUAACGCCGGGGCACGUUCUGCCACGUGCACGUCGCCGGGGUACGUCCCGCUGGGGUACGUGCCGCCGGGGUACGUUCCGACAAUGCAGUCGUUUGUUAAGCGUGUUGAACGUUCCGGUACGCUGUCCUGAGGUGUGAUACAGAGCUCUACUUAGUGUAGGCAAGACGCCAGCUGCGGCUUGGCGCCCCAAAGACACAUUUUCAUAUGGAUGUUGCCAGUGCGAUGACUCGGUUCGAUGGCUUCCGCAUGCAAUGAAUCCACAAACGUGAUGGUAGGUAGGUGGUGAAAUAAAUGCAAACCGAAUUUGUAA